GUAUCGGGGCGCGUAUCCUUGUGCGCGCUCACAUCUGAACUAUUGGGGACACAUAUGCAUCGCACGAGCAGGAGAGAAGCGCGCGACCAGUAUUUUACCCUCCUCACAUCCUCGUUUUUAGAAACUGUCCUUUCCUCCAAGUCGCGGACGAGGGAGGAUAGUGAGACCUAAAGGAAAGCGAUACAGGGGGAUAAGAUGGAGGUGUGCGAGAGAGUUUUCGGGUUGGCCGUGGUGACUAGUGUUCUGUGUGUCGGCUCUGUUCUGGGAAAGUACGUCAAAGGAAUCGUCAAUACCAAAGAGGACUGGGUUUUCCUCACAAGGUUCUGCUUCCUCACGGAUUUCGGCCGAUUGGACUUUCGGUUCCGAUACCCCAAGUCACGCUGCUGUCAGAACAUACUGCUGUAUUUCGAUGACAGCUCACAGUGGCCUGCCGUCUACAAGAGACCCGACAAGCAGGACUGUUACCAGAAGGAGGCAGUAUUAAGGCCGGAGAAUAACCAGGUCAUCAACCUGACCACCCGCUACACCUGGUCUGGCUGUAUGGUGGAGGGCGAGGGGGCGGAGGAGACCCUGAGCUGUGUGGGGGGGCGCAGCUUCCGUUCGGUGAGGGAGAGAUGGUGGUACAUCGCGCUCAGCAAGUGCGGGGGGGAUGGGCUGCAGCUGGAGUAUGAGAUGAAGCUGACCAAUGGGCAGUCUUUCUGGACGCAGCACUUCUCCGCAGAUGAGUUUGGUAUCCUGGAGACAGACAUCACCUUCCUCGUCAUCUUCAGCGUCGUCUUCAUGCUGUCCUGCUACUUUGCUUACACCCUGAAAGGAAGGCAGCUGCUCCACACCACCUACAAGAUGUUCAUGACGGCCGCGGGAGUGGAGGUUCUCAGCCUGCUCUUCUUCUGCAUCUACUGGGGGCUGUACGCCAGGGACGGAGUGGGCAACGGGAGCCUGAAGAUUCUGGGGAAAUUACUCUUCUCUGUCAGUUUCCUGGUCUUCCUGCUGAUGCUGAUCCUGCUGGGGAAGGGCUUCACAGUCACCAGGGCAAGAAUCAGCCAUAGUGGUUCCGUCAAGCUGUCAAUCUACAUGACGGUCUACACCAUCACCUACAUUAUUCUCUUCAUAUAUGAGGCUGAGUUCUUUGACCCAGGCUGGGUCCUCUAUGCCUAUGACAGUCCAGCCGGCUAUGGGCUGAUGGGGCUGCAGCUGCUGGCUUACGUGUGGUUCUGUUACGCUGUGCUGGUCUCCCUCAAGCACUACCCCGAGAAGCAGCCCUUCUACAUCCCGUUCUUCACCGCGUACACUCUGUGGUUCUUUGCAGUGCCUGUCAUGGCUCUGAUUGCCAAUUUUGGGAUCCCGCGUUGGGCCAGAGAAAAGAUAGUCAACGGAAUCCAGCUGGGAAUCCAUCUCUAUGCUCACCUCGUCUUCCUGGCCAUCACACGGCCCUCGGCAGCCAACAAAAACUUCCCAUACCACGUCCGGACGUCUCAGAUAGGGAUCCUGUUGUCGAGCCCCGACGGAACAGGGGGGGAGAGCUUUCCCCACCAUGCCUAUGGGAACAGCUCCUUCCUGGGGGACUCCCAGCCCAACUUCACCGAGCUCUUCUCCAUACACUCGGGCACAGUCAAGUCAGUGGAAGAGAUGGUGGCCCGGAAGGGACAGGCCGUGCCGAGGAACAGCGAGCACAAGAUCAUCACCACGACGGCUGAUCUGACGUCUAUCCUGCCCCCACCCCCUCCCCCUGUGCCCACCCGUGUGUCCUCCAACUCCCCCCCUCCACCCAGGCUCUCCUCCCACUUCACUGAGUAUUUCAGCAUGCAGGGGGGCGUGGGCGUGGGAACAAAAGCAUAACCGAGAGAGAGCGAGUGAGAGAGAGAGAGAGAGAGAGAGGUGGUGGUGAGGGGAGGGGUCAAGCUAUGGAGAGUUACAGCAAGACAGGCGAGAGAACAAAGGAGGUAGGGAGAAGGAUAUACGGAUGAGGCUUACUGAGGAACAGCGCAGGGAAAGCACUCCGGAGGGAAGACGGAAACGAGGGAGGGCGGAGGGAGGGAAAGAUUCUGUACCGUUUAGACCAGGAGGGGCACGAGAGCCAGAACUCAAAAGAACUCAGCAGCAAUAAAUAUUUCCUUAAGAGCAGAGAGAGAAGCGAUGGGAAUCCACAUUGUGGACGUACAGACAACAGAAGUCUGACACAGACAGAAUACAAUGUCUGAGAGCCAGGGGAAAAAAAACAGAAUGAGUGGGAUAAAGAUAGACUGCAUGAAAACAUUCUUUUAAGGAAACGUGACAUUCUGGUGGAAAUAUUUCAUUAUUAUAAAGCAAUGUGUAAAUAGUUGCAAUGAAUUUCAGAGCGUGUACUGACAGUGCCAGGGGUUUCCAAAACAAAAAGGGAAGCAUUUAGUUUUUUUAAAAAUUGUUUUCGGUUGAAUUCAAAAUGGUGCUGUGGUUGUUUCAAAUUCUCGUGCCAUCACGAAGUACGAGAUCAAGGCGUUCACUUCUUUCAUUUGAAACGACACAAACUCGUUCCAUUUCUGCAUGUGACAGAUUUGGAUAAAGCAAACAAAAUUACUCGUAAAUAUAUUUUCAGGGUAACUGUAAUUCAUAUUUACGUAGAUUGCACUUGAAUACGCUGAAUCAAUAUGGGAUGUUAAUGUGUGAACUGUCCAGUAUUCUGUGGAAAUCUAUACAGUUGUUGUGAACAUGCAUGUCUGUACCCUCUCCAAAAUUGAUAUAUUCAGCCUUUUCUUGUGCCCGUUAAGGUAAUGCUUGUUCCCUGUGCAUCCAUUUUGUUUCAGGUUAGUAUGUCUAAUUGAGCUUCAUUUCUUGUUUCCAACAUAAGGCACUACAGUACUUUAGCACAGUGAUUCACAGGAAAGUAUAUGUGUGUAAUUUAAAUGAAUGAGAUUACCAUAGUUGUAGCUAUAAGGGAAUAGAGUGAUAGUUUGAAAUGCAGGUACAUACACCUAAGGGACAAUUUGAAGGUACUUAAAAGUUUUUUUUCAAUGCCACAUCGGUUUCAUUUUCAAAUUCAGCUUCCAUCCAGGAUUUACGAAAAAAGGAAAGGAUGUUUCGUUCUGUGGAAAGGCUGCAAUUUCAUGGUCACCCUGUAUUUAAUGUGCAAAAUGUGCAGUCUAUGUAGGUAACAAUAACCUUCAGUACAAUUCACUCAAAGGAGUUGCAAAUGAUUUGCCAUGUUCAUCGAAUCAUGCUAAUGUGCAGGUAAACGGGGUUAACCAUACAUGUACAAAGAUAAUGGUCUAUUCAUUCUGCAUGGAGCACUUUAAAUUCCCUUAUUGUCUGACCGUUCUUUGCCAUGGCAACAAAGGUCAAUGUGACUGAUGUAAUCCCCAAGCACCAUCUUGGCUAGUAUGGGAAAAGGAAAACUAUUUGGAAUCACGUUGUAUCUGUUAAAAUGUAUGACAAAUAUCAAAACGUGGUUUGACGUACGUGCAAAUGGAACGUACACAGGUCGUUUGCAACUCCCUAACUCAACUACUGUCUGUGAAAUUUGCAAAUGUUAUUCAUGGUUAUUAUGUAAUGGUGACAAUGGAUGGAGACGUAAACAUGAUUUGUAUAUAUUGAACAUAUUUGUAGAGAAAGAUAUUUGGAUAUUUAGUAUUUUAAAAAAAGAAAAGAAUGAAUCAUACUUGAA